AUGCCAUCCCCAUCGGCAGACCCCACCGACCCCUUCGACGACCUCCUAACCCUAGAAGACACCCUCUACACAGCCGCGUACGACCUCGGUGUCUCAGAUGGUGCCCACGCCGGGCGAAUCGAAGGACGAAUCUUCGGGUUGGAAAAGGGGUUCGAGAAGUUUGCUGAAUUGGGUCAGCUUCAUGGACGAAGUGUAAUAUGGGGUUCACGACUACCUGGUCUUGUUUCCCCUUCCGACCAAGUCAAGAAAGAAGGUACGUCUGAUCUCUCUUACUAUACUUCUGCGUAG